GACCGUCGAUGAAAAUUCAGCUUCAAAUCUAAACUAUGUGCACUUCUUCAUCGAAGCUGCAUCGAUCAAAUCGUCUAAAACUUCGUCCCGAACCAGCCGACCGCGUCGUCAUUCCUGAGUCAUAAAUCCUGGGUCAUUCGUCCACAGGGAGGCACUUACGCAAUUAUGGUGAUAAAAUAAUAUAAAUAGUUUUUGUCAUCAGUCCAAUUCUUCGAAACUUACCGCAGUCCUUGAUUUAGUCUGCCGACGUAAGCCUUGCGAACGAAAUCUCCAUAUCUUCAUAUUCCAUAAAUAUCUGUGGCAAUACUCAACUAUCCGUACGAACCGUGCAAUUUGAUUGGCCAAAAACACGAAUUUACUGCAUGUUCUCGACCAGGCUCAAUUUCCUUGAUCUGUUGAACUGUGGAGAAAAGUGAGGUAAAUGUAUCGGAAUUCGAAUUCGAGGGGGCUGCUACAUCUACUGUUUUCCGAUAAUCAGAACAAUUGUACUUCAGAGGAAAGAAACCGCCCAAAUAAUUAGCCGACAAACUUUUUUCAAGGUCCCCAUCCGAUAUCAUAGUCAUUCCAACGAACACCAACAAAGAUGCCCCCCAAGGCCACCGCGCACCCAAAGUAUGAGGACAUGGUUAAAGCUGCCAUCCUCGCUCUCAAAGACAGGAACGGCUCCUCCGUUCCUGCAAUUGCAAAAUACCUCGCCGCGAACUACAAGCUCCCGGACAACUUCAAGAAGAUCCUUUCAACCCAGCUCAAGAAUCUCGUCAAGUCCGGUAAACUUCUAAAGGUCAAGGCUUCCUACAAGCUUGGCGAGGCACUCAAGAAGGUUCCCAAGAAGCCCAAGAAGAAGGCCGCGCCCAAGAAGAAGAAGGCCGCCAAGAAGCCCAAGAAGAAGGCUGCUAAGAAGCCCAAGAAGGCUGCUAAGAAGGCUGCCAAGAAGCCAAAAAAGGCUGCCAAGAAGCCGAAAAAGGCUGCCAAGAAGGUCGCCAAGAAGAAAUAAAGUUGCUCACUCGGGCAAGCAGCACAUACGGUGUCUUGUCGACACCA